UCAGCAAGUCAAAACAAGUCCAGUCCAAUAGGGUCCUCCGAACCGAACCGGGUGACUCAGGAAACAUCUUACGCAGUAAUAAUGUGACAGGGCGGCCGUUUAGUUUCUCCUUCGUCUCGAUGUUUUCUCAGCUCUGACGGACAGUCCAGGUUGUUUCAUGGAGCAUUUGUUCACUUACUGAAGACACUUCCGACAGGACGAGGACAGGUGUGGAGGUGCACACCUGGUGUGUGGACCAUGGGGAACUCAUGCAGUCAUCUUGGGAUUCCUCCACCAAAGGGACCCAACCUGGUGGGCUGCACAGACUUCAUGAUGGACCACAGCAAGGAGGGAAGCUUCUUCAGGCUUUAUUAUCCAUGUCAGGAGACGGAGAAAGCAGAGAAACCCGACUGGGUCCCGUCCAGAGAGUAUUUUAACGGCCUGGCCGAUUUCAUGAAAAUCAACAGGACUCUCAGCGAAACAAUCUUCAACUACCUCUUUGGCUCUUUUAAGAUCCCAGCCUACACAGACGCUCCGUUUAAAUCCAAUGAAAAGUGUCCGGUGGUGAUUUUCUCCCAUGGGCUUGGUGCCUUCAGGACUUUGUAUUCAGCGAUAUGUGCAGAACUGGCCUCACAGGGUUUCAUCGUAGCGUCCUUGGAACACAGAGAUCAGUCAGCCUCGGCUACUUAUUAUUUUUGUGAGGAGACCGAAUCAGAAAGGUCCGCUUCGGCCCAAGACGGCUUGAUAAAGGAAUGGAUGUACUACAGAGCUCUACGGCACAACGAGCGCGAGUUUCCCCUCAGAAACAAGCAGGUGAAACAACGAGCAGAAGAGUGCGUUCUGGCUCUGGAUAAACUCACGCAGAUCAACUCAGGUGUUGCUGUUCAAAAUGUUUUACGGACAGAGUUUGACUGGACAACGCUGGAGAACUCCAUGGAUCUGUGUCGAAUAGCAGUGAUGGGGCAUUCCUUCGGCGGAGCGACAGCUAUUGAAGCUCUUUGCAAAGAGGUUAAAUUCAAGUGUGGAAUAGCCCUCGAUGCCUGGAUGGUCCCUCUAGAUGAAAACAUCUUUCCUCGAGUCAAGCAGCCGAUUUUCUUCAUCAACUCAGAGAAGUUCCAGUGGGCCGGGAACAUCAGUCGCAUUAGGAAGCUGGACUCUGCGGUUGUGCAGAGGAAGAUGAUCACCAUCAGAGGUACAGUCCACCAGAGCUUUCCAGACUUCACCUUCCUGACAAGCAACUGGAUCGGGAAGAUGAUGAAGCUGAAAGGAGAGAUCGACCCAGAACUCGCCAUUGACCUCUCCAACAAAGCAACCUUAGCCUUUCUGCAACGCCACCUUGGUCUGGAGAAGAACUUUAAUCAGUGGGACCCUCUGAUUGACGGGCAGGACGAAAACCUCAUUCAAGGAACUAAUAUAACUGUACUUCAGUCUGCCAUCUGACCUGCCACUGUGCCUCAAAUACUCAGGAACCUUUGCAGUGUUCCAAAACUGCAGACAAGUCAGCGUGGCAUUUGGUUUGAAAUGUACUGAGGGUAGUAACAUGUUGGGAGUAACAAUGGAGAGAGAAGCCACUACCUCACUGGCAGGAAGAAUAAAACACCAAGUGUGGGGCUGCUUGUAUUACAAGGCCUAAAUUUUGCACGCAGCUAAACGUUUCCUUUCCCUGUUUGGUACAAUCUGUUUAAACAGAAUUACA